UAUAACUGCUACUCUGUCACGCUGCAGGGAAUGGCAUUUACCCUGGAGGAGCGCCUACAACUGGGCAUCCACGGCCUGCUGCCCCCCUGCUUCCUCUCCCAGGACGUACAAGUGCUGCGUGUCAUGAAGAGCUAUGAAACGCGCACCAAUCCUCUGGACAAGUACAUCCUGCUGAUGACGCUGCAGGACAGGAAUGAGAAGUUGUUCUACCGUUUGCUGACUUCCAACAUCGAGGAGUUCAUGCCCAUUGUGUACACUCCCACUGUCGGCCUGGCCUGUCAACAGUAUGGACUCGCCUUCAGGAGACCUCGAGGACUCUUCAUCACCAUCCAUGAUAGAGGCCACAUCUCCACCUUGCUGAACUCCUGGCCUGAAGAAGACAUAAAGGCCAUCGUGGUGACGGACGGGGAGCGCAUCCUCGGCCUGGGUGACCUGGGAAGUUAUGGUAUGGGCAUUCCUGUCGGGAAGCUGGCGCUCUACACAGCCUGUGGUGGUGUUCAACCACAGCAGUGUCUCCCCGUGCUGCUGGACGUCGGCACUAACAACCAGGCGCUGCUCAAUGACCCCCUGUACAUUGGCGUGAAGCACAAGAGAAUCAGAGGGAAGGAGUACGACGAGCUGAUUGACGAGUUCAUGCAGGCAGUGACCGACAAGUAUGGGAUGAACUGCCUGAUACAGUUUGAGGAUUUUGCCAACAGCAACGCCUUCCGCAUCCUCAACAAAUACAGGAAUCGAUACUGUACCUUCAACGACGAUAUCCAAGGCACGGCCUCAGUAGCUGUUGCUGGGAUCUUAGGCGCUCUGAAGAUCACCAAGAACAAACUCUUAGACCACACCUUUGUGUUCCAGGGGGCGGGCGAGGCUGCUCUGGGUAUUGCUCACCUGCUUAUAAUGGCCAUGGCCAAAGAGGGAUUAACUAAAGAAGAAGCUGCAAAGAGAAUCUGGAUGGUUGACUCAAAAGGUCUCAUUGUGAAGGGAAGAGGCAAUCUGAAUCACGAGAAGCUGGAGUUUGCUCAUGAGCAUCCGCACCUGAAGACCUUGGAGGAGGUGGUGAACACCAUCAAACCCACCGCAAUCAUAGGGGUGGCUGCUAUUGCAGGAGCGUUCACUGAGAAGAUUAUCAAAGACAUGGCAUCCUUCAAUGAGAGGCCAAUCAUCUUUGCCCUGAGCAAUCCUACCAGCAAGGCGGAGUGCACAGCAGAGCAGUGCUACAAGCUCACGGAGGGCCGGGGCAUCUUUGCUAGCGGAAGUCCGUUUGACAAGGUGACGCUGGCUGAUGGACGCACCUUCCACCCCGGCCAGGGAAACAACGCCUACGUCUUCCCUGGAGUUGCUUUGGGUGUCAUUGCCUGUGGAGUGCGCCACAUAUCUGAUGACGUCUUCCUCACCACAGCAGAGGCAAUAGCUGACAUGGUAACAGAGGAGCACCUGGCUGAGGGAAGACUCUAUCCUCCCCUCAACACCAUAAGAGAGGUGUCGUUCAAGAUCGCAGUGAAGAUUGUCAACUAUGCAUACAAGAACAAUAUCGCUUCGCUGUACCCCGAGCCUAAAGACAAGGAGGCGUUUGUCUUGUCUCACAUCUACAGCCCUGAUUACGACUCCUUCAUUCAGGACACAUACAGCUGGCCACAAGAGGCCAUGAAAGUCCAGGACGUGUGAUCCUGACCACCUCUCUCUCUUUCUCACUUAUCUCAAUAUGCUGCCGUGGCGUUGCGUUCAAUUUCUGCAUUGUCUCCGUUCAGAAAUUUUGACAAUGAUUCUCUCCUUUUAGCUUUUGUUUGUUUGUUUCUUUCCUUUGUAGACAUUAGUAAAUCUCUGCUGCCCUCCCAGAUGGACAGUGGUCAUUAUAUAUUUAAAUUUGCCAAAUAAAUAUUCUCUAUUAGUGAUAGACCGAUUGGCCGAUUAAUCCAGCCGAUAUCUGCCAAUUUGAAAUAUUUUCUUCGACUGAUUCAGAUAAAAUUGUCAUCUAAAACAGCAUGUUACUGGCUAAGAUAAUCAUAUAUAUCGGAUUGUACUCUGCAUGGAAAAAUUAUACAUGACUUUUCUUUGUUUUGAUAUUGGCGCUAUAUAUAUCGACCAUGGGUCUCUAAAUAUCCUCAUCGGCAAUUGAAAAACACAUAUCGGUCGACCGCUAUUCUCUGUGAUUCUCUAUGACUAAAGUUUUGAAAUGUCAAGUGCAAGUUGUCUUUUUGUUCCUCUUUCAGUGCAGUACUUUAUAUUUUAUCAAUUUUCUGUACUUGAUUAAGGUCUGACUGAGUGAAAUAUUCUAUAGCCGCACAACAGCAUAUCAAAUAUCACAAGUACGAUCUUACUUAACUAUAACUACAAUUAAACAACACUCCUUUCACUAGAUUUUCGAGCUAAGAUGUAGUAUUCAGCACAUGCGGUCCUCUGUUUUUUGUUUUCUUUGAGAGACGAAUCAGAGCUGGUGCAUAGAAGACAAAAAGCAGUGGCUCACAGUAAUGCACAAUGCUUUCUCUUGUCUUGACAAAAGUGAACAGAGGUAAAAAGAUAAACAUUUCACAGAAACUCUCAGUGCCUCUUACUGUGAGACCUCAGGACGUCACUGCUCCAUAUAAUGAGUUUAAACUCUAGAUUUGUUUGGUGGGUAGCUGAGAUUGUUGUAGGAGCCACAUCCGGCUCAUCCCUGUAGCUGCUUCUUCAUAUUUUACACUCCUGUCAGUCUGCAUGCAUGUUUUAACCUUCACACAGGAUUGAAAACGCUCCUGAAUCUGCUUACCCUGUGAGAAUCUGUCAUUCGUGAUGGGAGGCACUGCUGUUUUGUUUUUUAAUGUGUUAAGAGAAGGGAUUGUUGGAGAUUCAGUGUCACCAUCCGGAUGUUUUUAUAUACAAUAGGUGUGUUGUCCUUUAUUUUUGUACAGGGCUCUGCCUGUUGUUGUAUUCUUGCCAAAGCUACUGAUGAACUGUGUCUUUUACUCCUAUAGGUCAUGAUGCAAGCUUUAGUACUGACAGAUAUGUAUGCUUGAAUUUUUCAAAGGGAACAUGAAACUUUGUAAAUAAAAUUCUUAACAAAA